CUUCAUUACUCAUUUUAUAUCUAUUCAUCACUCCUCUUAUGUGUACAUACUACAGUAGGUUAGUAUGAACCAGGGAUACUUGGGGAACAUACAUCUAAAAUCUACCAAUAGCAGACUAGUCAUCGCUCCUCCGGCGAUCCCCGAAUUCCUCUUCGCCAACUCUCUAUUACUCAUAACUAUCACGUUCAUUUUACCCCGCGGGCUCUCCCGUCAAGAGCCGACGUCUCGGAACCCUGGCGACCAAAAGAACGACGCAGCGGCUGAGUCUGAUUUCCAGGCACCUGGAUCAGCGUCUACCGUUGCCCGAGCUUAACACUCCCUUCUCGACCGAGAGAAACUCCCACUCCCCCGACGAUAUCGAAUAUAAGCCCCUCGAUCGCACCGACUCCUCCCCCACCACCCCUCUUGUCUCUCCUCCCCAACCUGCUCCCUCUGUCAAGAUGUCGUCCCAAGCCCCUCACCCCACCUUGUUGAUCCCAGGGCCCAUCGAAUUCGAUGAUGCUGUCCUCCAGUCCAUGUCCCACUAUGCGUAAGCGUCUUCCAAGGAACCAGCGCAAUUGUAUCGAGCCA